CGCACGGAUACUUUCCCAUCCAGCCUGACUCAAGGCUUCGCUGCUCAGAGACCGAGAAAGAAGAUCCUUGACCCUGGAGCCGAGAUGGAGCUGGUGAGGAGGCUGCAGCUCCGCAAGGAGCCGGUGCCCCUGCGCAGCAGCUCGGUGUCGGUGUUGAUCCGAGGCUUUGUGGCUGACGUGGGCUGCGAGCUGCUCUACAGGAACGAGGAGCUGGGGCCCCUGGAGGUUGUGUUCAAGUUCCCCGUGGACGCUGAGGCAGCUGUCUACGCCUUCGAGGCCCGGCUGGGGGGGGCCUGCAUCCAGGCCCAGCUCCAUGAGAAGAAACAGGCGCAGGAGCUGUACGGGGACACUCUGGCCGGGGGGCAGAGCUCGUUCCUGUUGCAGCAGGAGGGGGCCGGGGGCGACGUCUUCAGCUGCUCCCUGGGGAAUCUGCCCCCCGGGGAGGAGGCGGUGCUGACCCUGCGCUACGUCUGCGAGCUGCCGCUGGAGCCUGACGGGGCUGCCCGCUACGUGCUGCCGACCGUGCUGCGUCCCCGCUACACACCCCACGGGUGGCAUGGGGAGGAUGUCACCCAGGGGGUCCCGCGGGUCCCCCAGCGGGAGCUGCCCUACACCCUGAGCCUGAGCGCCACGCUGCAGUCGCCCCACAGCAUCAACCGCGUGCUCUCCAACUGCCCCCUCACUCCCUUGAGCUAUACGGCCGGGAACCGAACCACUGCCCAGGUGUCACUGGCCCAGGCCCCCCCGUGGGACCGGGACGUGGAGCUGCUGGUGUAUUAUGCGGAGCCACACAAACCCAGCGCGGUGCUGGAGGCCGGACUGCCUGGAGCAGGCUCCCUGAUGGGCGACCCGGCCGUGAUGGUGACCCUGCUGCCCAGCGUGCCCGAGGCUGUGCUGGCCCAGAGCCGGGCCGGGGAGUUCAUCCUCCUGCUGGACCGCUCCAGCAGCAUGACAUGCCCCAUGGACAGCAGAGACCUCUUCCCCCAACGCAUCGACAGCGCCAAGGAGUCCCUGAUCCUGCUGUUGAAGAGUUUGCCCCUGGGCUGUUAUUUCAACGUCUAUGGCUUUGGGACUGAGUUUGAGUCCUUCUACCCGCAGACCGUGGAAUAUACCCAGCAGACCAUGGCCGAGUCCCUGCAGCGCAUCCAGCUGCUCCAGGCUGACCUGGGGGGCACCAGAAUCUUGGAGCCACUACGAGCCAUUUACCGCAGCCCCUGCCGGGACGGGCACCCACGCCAGCUGUUUGUGUUUACGGAUGGGGAGGUAGAGAACACCCAGGAUGUCAUCACAGAGGUGUGGCGUAACCGGGGGACCCACAGGUGCUUCUCCUUCGGCAUCGGGGACGGGGUUUCCACAGCUCUGAUCAAAGGCAUCGCCCGGGCAGCAGGGGGCAGCGCCGAGUUCAUCACCGGCCAGGACCGCAUGCAGCCCAAGGUGCUGCAGUCUCUGAAGCGGGCUCUGCUGCCGGCGGUGACCGGGAUCUCACUGAGCUGGGAUCUGCCCCCUGGGAUGCAGGCACAGCUGCUGCACCGGUGCCCCGAGGUGAUCUUCCCUGGGCAGCGGUGCCUUGUCUAUGCUCAGCUCCGUGGGCAGCCACAGCCCCCAGACACUUCCAUGGCGGGCGUCACCCUACAGUAUGGCAUCCAGGACCAGACCUACAAGGAGACACUGCAGUUCUCCCUGCAGCCACAGGAUGGAGACAGGCUGCCUGUUCACCGGCUGGCAGCCAAGUCGCUGCUGCUGGAGCUGGAGGGGGCCGUGGGCGCUGGGUCGGAGGGGGCCCAGCACCGGGCACUGGAGGCCAGUCUGAGCUCGGGGGUUAUCUGCUCCCUCACGGCCUACGUAGGGGUGGACACGCAGCGGGGACAGCCGGUGCAGGGGCCACUGGUGAGACAGGACGUCCCACUGACAGAUUUCAUCAGGGAAUAUGUGGAGAUGAGAGACUGCAUCUCGAUAAGGGAGAUCCAAAUAGACCGUGUCUGUGAGCGUCCAGCGAGCAGAGCGCGCCUAGACGAACCGAACUACCGCAGCGUCUUCGGGGGCCUGUCCCGUGACUUGUGGCAGUGGUACUCACGUGCUGCACGCAAGUGCCUGCAGCUCUCGAAGUCCAGCACCAGCCAUCUCCCUCAGCGGAUGCCGGAGGAGUCUCCCUUGCUGAGGCUGGUGUCUCUGCAAAAUGCCGAUGGCUCGUGGGACCUGGACCCCCAACUGGCUGCCGUGCUGGGGGUGAGCGAGACCGAUGCCAGAAAGAGGAUACCUAGUGAGGACGUGACCCCCAGUAUCUGGGCCACGGUGCUAGCCGUGGUCUGGCUGCACGACCGGGCCGUGGGGCAGCGCGACGAAUGGGAGCUCCUGGAGGCCAAGGCUGUGGGUUGGGUGCGGGACCGAGCAGGGGCCCAGCUGAGCGAGUGCCUGAAAGCCGCCAACGCCCUGCUGGGCUGCAGCGUUGGCCCUGCUGUCUUCGGGCUCUGAGCCCCCCUGGGAUCCCUGUACCUGCGCCCCAAACUAUCCUGGGCAUUCAACUGGGAGCCCCAAGAGCCAACAGGGGGGGCAGAGGUGGCUGCGCUGACCUUGCCCUGCAUGAGCCAUCCAGUGUAAACCUAGUCCCAUCUCUGCGGAGUUCAGCUAUUGCGCAGACAGACAGACCAACAGGAUCUUUGCUUGUCCAAACGCGACCUCAUUUUGUCAUAAUGGCAGAUUUCUCUUCGAUGGACAAUCCUGAACGCAAACAGGAGUGCAGUGAUUCGCGUAGUUCUUCAUUUCCUCUCUGUCUAGGUCCGGACUAGAGCUGGUUAG